AUGCGUCGUCAAGGUGAGCUUAUGCCCGAUGAAUUGAAGUUCGCCGAGAAUUAUUUAUGCCGUCAAGUACAUAAUGAAGUCUACAAAGCAGAAAUCGAUUUGCUACGAGAUAAAAAAUGCCUGCCGAAAACUCACCAUUUGUUUCAGCUAACACCAAAGCUAGAUGCAUUCGGAGUCCUCCGCAUAAAUGGUCGAAUCGAUGCCGCUUAUUGCCUGCCAGAUUCAGCGCGUCGCCCUUUAUUCAUUCCACGUGACCAUCGUUUAGCUCUACUGACCAUGGAUCAUUUUCACUGGAAAGUUCAUCACCAAAACAGCCACCUUACUAUAAAUGAAAUGCGGCAGCGAUUCUGGAUACCACGAGCUCAUUCUCUGUUCUCUACAGUAAAGAAGAAAUGUCCAGUAUGCAUCCCCCAAAACUCCAAGCCAGCUGUACCGCUUAUGGGUCAACUACCACCUGACCGUUUAACACCACACGUGCGCCCAUUCUCAUACACUGGCGUGGAUUAUUGUGGCCCAUUCUUCGUAACCGUGGGUGGCCGACGAGAAAAAAGAUGGAUAGCAUUAUUUACAUGUUUGAAGACUAGAGCCAUUUAUCUUGAGGUAGCCGUAGACUUGUCCGCAGAUGCGUUUAUAAUUUGUUUAAGAAACUUCCUCAAUCGUCGCGGUGCUCCCGUUCGCAUCAGAAGUGAUAAUGGCACUAAUUUUAUCGGAGCUCAACGAGAAAUGAAAGGAGACCAACGAAUUUUCGACUUCGAUCAAAUUCAAAGAGAAGUUUCUAAAGAUGACUUCGAGUGGAAUUUCAAUUGUCCAGCUAAUCCAUCCGCAGGCGGAUGUUGGGAACGCCUGGUACAAUGUGUAAAACGAAUAUUACAUCGAGUCUUAAAAGAUGAAGCGGCACGCAUGGAAACUUUCCACAGAGUUUUGAUAGAGGCUGAAAACAUCAUCAAUAGUCGCCCUUUAACUGAUAUACCUCUAUUGUCCGACAGCGAAGAACCGUUGACACCCAACCACUUUUUGUUGGGGUGCGUAAAGUCAACUCAAACACCAGGUGAUGGCGAAUCGAAUAUUUGUUUGCGGAAGCAGUGGAGAAUCAGCCAAAAUCUAAAAGAUCGUUUUUGGAAACGGUGGAUAGACGAAUAUUUGCCACAAUUGUUAGUGCGUCCAAAAUGGAAAGAGGACGUGAAUCCCUUAAAGCCAGAUCAACUGGUCAUUGUGUGUGACUCGAAUUUGCCGCGAAGCUAA